ACUCGCCUAGGGCCAAACCCCUGUAGUUCUUGAGGGCCCUCCCCAUCCUGGGGCCUACGGGGUUGGGACCAGCAGAGGACUACAAGGUCCAGCAUGCCGUGCGGGGCCGAGGCCGUACCAUAUGCAGGGAGGAGGGCUCUGUUUUCUCCAGGUAAAAGCAUCGAGGUGCCGGGAAGCCGUAGUCGCCAGGAUGGCCAGAAGGGCCUUGAAACUUGUCUCUCUGGCAGCAGUCAGCUCUGGUUUCUACCUGUACAGCAGCAAGUACCUGGAUCCCAAUGAUUUUGGAGCUGUUCGGGUGGGCAGAGCCAUUGCCACAACAGCUGUUAUCACCUAUGACUACCUCACUUCUCUUCGGAGUGUCCCGUAUGGAUCACAGGAGUAUGCCUACCUCAAAUCACAGGUACAUCUGCGCUCUGCGGAACGCCUCCGGGACCUGUGCUGUGCCAACAGAGGCACCUUCAUCAAAGUGGGACAGCAUCUGGGGGCACUCGACUACCUUCUGCCUGAGGAAUACACUCGCACCCUCAAGAUACUACACAGCCAGGCCCCACAGAGCAGCAUGCAGGAGAUUGAACAAGUGAUCCGUGAGGACCUGGGCAAAGAGAUCAAAGAGCUCUUUGUGAGUUUUGAGGACACUCCCCUGGGAGCAGCGUCCCUGGCCCAGGUCCACAAGGCGGUGCUGCAGGAUGGGAGGACGGUGGCAGUGAAAGUCCAGCACCCGAAAGUUCAGGCUCAAAGCUCCAAGGACAUUUUGUUGAUGGAGAUUCUCCUGCUUAUGGUGAAGCAGAUCUUCCCAGACUUUGAGUUCAUGUGGCUGGUGGAUGAAGCUAAGAAGAAUUUGCCCCUGGAGUUGGAUUUCCUCAAUGAGGGGAGGAAUGCUGAAAAGGUGGCCCACAUGCUCAAGGACUUUGACUUCCUGAAGGUCCCUAGGAUCUAUUGGGAGCUGUCUACCAGGCGCGUCCUUCUCAUGGAGUUUGUGGAAGGUGGGCAGGUGAACGACAGGGCCUAUAUGGAGAGGAACAGCAUCGACGUCAAUGAGAUCUCUCGCAAUCUGGGGAAGCUGUAUAGUGAAAUGAUCUUCGUGAACGGCUUUGUACACUGUGACCCGCACCCGGGCAAUGUACUUGUGAGGAAGUGCCCAGCCACCGGCAAGGCCCACAUUAUACUGCUGGACCAUGGGCUCUAUCAGGUCCUGACAGAGAAGUUCCGCUUGGACUAUUGUCGGCUCUGGCAGUCCCUGAUCAAGACUGAUAUGAAGAGGGUGCAGAAGUACAGCCGACGGCUAGGGGCAGGUGACCUGUAUCCACUCUUCGCAUGCAUGCUCACCGCCAGGUCCUGGGACUCUGUCAACAGGGGCAUUGACCAGUCACCAGUCACAGCCAACGAGGAUGUGGAGAUCCGGACCAAUGCUGCCGCUUACCUACCUCAGAUCAACCAGCUCCUCAACAAUGUGCCCCGCCAGAUGCUGCUGCUGCUAAAGACCAAUGAUUUGCUAAGGGGGAUUGAGUCAGCCCUACACACACGGGCCAGUGCCAGCUCCUUCCUCAAUAUGUCUCGCUGCUGCAUUAGAGCCGUCUCCACGUAUCAGAGGAGCAAGUCUCACUCCCUGUACAGAAAGGCCAAGAUCUCUCUCUUAGAAGCUCUGAGCCUGUGGCAGAUCAACUUAUAUGAACUCUUCCUGCGGCUGAAGGGGUCCCGGCUGGGGAACUGGGUCAUUGCUUUCCUGAGCCGGAUGCACCAUUCUUCGUACUGACAGGAACUGGUGGGAGAAGCCUGGGCAAUUAUUGCUCUCCUCCAUUCUCCGCAGAACACUUGCCUUCCUGACCAUUCCUGUCCAUACUCCACAAAUGCUAUUGAGACUCUUUUCUUGUAACGCAUGGUGCUGGCCGUGGCUGUCAGAGCAUAAGCUUCUCUAUAGCACAGAGGGAUGGGAGAGCAGGGGCUCUGGGAGUCAGGACUCCUGGGUUCUAUUCUAGCAAUGAGAGAGGUGGGAGUAUGAUCUAGUGGGCAGAGCAGGGGGCCUGGGAGUCUCUCUGUUCCCAGCUCUGGGAAGUACCAUUAUGGAAACAUCCUGUAGACUUGAAUAGGAAAGGAGAACUUUUUCUAGCCCCUUCCCCUUUUAAACCAUCCUAUAGCAUUUAAGAGAAAUGCAUCCCUGCCCUAGAAUUCUCCAAGUUAGUUCAAACCCCCUAGAGAGGAAAUCAUUCUUUAUGGAAUCCAAUAGGGUUUUCAGUAGUUUGUACAGAAUCCUAUUGGUUUAAUGCCUGUGAAAUCUAGAGGAAUUUUCUCUAAGGGGAGAAUAAUCUAGUGGUUAGAGCAUGGGACUGUGAGCCAGGACUCCUAGGUACUAUUCCCAACUCUGAGAGGGAAUGGAAACUAAUGGUGAGAGCAGGGGUCUGGAAGCCAGGAUUUUUCUGGGUUCUAUUCCCAGCUCUGCUAUGGAGUCACUGUGUCAUUUUGGGCAAGUGCUUUCCUUGCCUCAGUUUCCCCACAUGUAACAUGGAGGUAAUGCUACAAACUCUCCUCUGAACUCCUCAGGGAGCAGGUGCCGUGGAAUCUCACCUGGGAACUCACAUCUUGUGGCUGGUGAUGUAUGUGCACUGUACUGUACUGUCGCACAGGAAAAUAAAUAGGGUGUCAUGUUA